ACAUAAAAAUAUUUUUCACAUUUUUUAGAAAGAAAAUUGGUCAUCUCUUGAAGACCGCGUUGUGCUUGAACUAUAUGAAGUUGAGCUUGUGAAAGUAGACUAUAAUACAUGUGGUCUAAAAAACCUCAUCAAAAUCGUAUUUUGAGUGAACUAUUAAAGCGGACUGGGAAACAUGUUGAUAGUUGGAUAAAGGUCAAAAACAAGAUAGAUACAUUGAAGGGAACUUACAAAGAAUGGGUCGACCUUAUGGGUAAAACAAGUGUAAGUUCGAAUCAGAGAACUGGAGUUAUCUGUAUGGAUGACGAUUGGUGGCAAGCGCGCGAGGCGGAGAGUAAAACAAUUAUUGCUUGUCACCGUCAACCGCUAAAAUAUUGGGAUGCACUACAACGUAUUUGUGGACAAUAUGAUGUAUCAAGUGAACAUAUGUAUGAUGUUGAUGGAGCACGAAGAGAACUAUAUGAAGAAUAUGCAAGAGCUGAUUUCAGUGGUGGUAUUGGUGAUGAUGAUGAUGAAGAAGAUGAAAGAGCUGACAACACACCUCAAACACAUGAAGAAAAUACUUAUUUUCCAGAUAACACAUUUAUUGAUCCACGAGAAACAUAUGAAGAUGUUCCCUCUGCAGCAACAGAGGAGAGAUAUGGAGAUAUUCUAGUUGCAUCGUCAGAAGAAAUCCACAAUCGUUCAGGUAGACAUACCUCCCGUGCUGCGCCAUACAGUGUCGGACGAGGAGAAAGUAGUUUACGAAGAAGAAAUUCAAGAGUUCGUUCAGUUGGUAGUAAAGAUCGUGGGAACCGUAGAAGGCAUCAAUUUGAAAGCUCAGUUACCACUGUAUUUCAAGGAAUAUCAGAUGCACGACGUGCGACUGUAUCAGCCCUGCGACCUGAUAGGUACAGUCCUGAAGAAUAUGCAAAAUUUAAAGAUGCAUUUGCUAUACUAAAUUCUUUACCAAUUGAGAAGUACAAACCAUUCUGGAAAGCAUCUGCAAAGCUGCUUAAGGAGUAUGCAUGGUGGCGUAAUACAUUUUUGGACACUUCUUUUGAGUCAGAUGAAGAUAUAAUCCAGUUUUUGGAAAGUAUAACUGAAGUGGAUCGUCUAGAAACCGUAACUCCUGCAAAUUUGUCAAAUUUUGGGUCAUUUUUAAGUGGUUCAAGCGGCGGAAGUGUGCCAUCAUCAGGAAGUUCUGUGGGACAUUCGUCAGAAAAUUUUGUGGGAUAUUCAUCAGGAAAUUCUGAAUAUAGGUUUGCUGAAAUUCCACAGUUUCAACCAUCUCCUGCUAUGGGACAGUUCUUUUCAUCUCUGGGGGUAGGAUUUAAUACGCCUGGGCAUACGAUGGGUGCACCUUAUGUACCGAUGAUGUUUCCUCAAGGAUUUGCUGGUUUUCCUUUCAUGAACUCGUCGCCUGCUAUACAAAUGAUGCAAACAUCAACAUCUCCUGAAAUUUUUAAUGUUGGGGCAUCAUCAACAAUCGGUGGAAUUUCAACUACUCUAAUGGGAGAAACUAGUCAAAGAACAAGAACAAAUUUUUCUCCUGGUUUUGUAACGCCAACUAAACGGUACACAGAUACUGGAUAUAGGUUUGGUGCACCAUCGGGAAUUGGAACUCAACCAUGGCAGUUAAAUUUUAUGGAUGAUAGAACAUCAAACAAUCCCACUGAUAACAAGAAACAUUGAAUAAACAAUAUGAAAAGUUUAUGGUUUUUAUUAAUGUUUGUAUUUUAUUUAUAUAAUAUAUAUUUUACUAUAAUAAAUAUUUGUCUACCACAAUUUUUUUAGUCGCUUAACUUAUUUUUCUCUUAAUGGCUAGGAAAAUCGGACAAAUGAGUUGUACUCUCUGGGACUAAAUAAUCUAACACAUGAAGAAUUAUGCGAAUUAUUUAUGCUUGAGGACGAAGAAGUCGAUGAGGUACUUGUUCAGCCAACGAUGUAGUAUUAUGAACGAUAUUUUUGUCGACAACCCAUGCAAGCGGGAGGAGGACUAGGUUGGCUAAAUAUUAAACACCAGAUGGAACAUGAUGAUGCAUAAUGCUUACAUGCAGUAAGGAUGCCUCGAGGAAUAUUUCAAAUGUUGUGUCAACUGAUGGAAAAUGAGUAUGGAUUAACAUCAACAGAAAAUAUUAGCAUUGAGGAAAGCGUUGCAAUGUUUCUUUCUACAUGUGGUCAUAAUGAAGUUCAACGUACUGUAGCUAGGAAUUUUGGGCGUAAUCAAGAGACAGUUAAUCGCAAGUUUCAUGAAGUGCUAAAUGCGAUGGAGCGACUUGCAUGUGAUCAAAUAAAGACCCCAACAUCUAGCCAACUUAGAGAGUAUCCCCGCAGUCUUCGAUAUGAUCCAAGGUAUUGGCCAUUCUUCAACAGUUUCAUAGGUGCUAUAGAUGGAAUACAUGUUCCUGUCAUAGCACCACAAGAAAAUCGAAGAGUUUAUUGGGAUCGUUUUGGUGAAUCAAGCCUAAAUAUUAUGGCGAUAUGUGAUUUAGACAUGCUUUUCACAUAUGUUUGGAAUGGAGCACCGGGAUCACUUCAUGAUUCCAGAGUUUUAUCGAUAGCACAAGAGAAUAGUCAAAGAUUUUCGAAACCUCCUACAGGAAAAUAUUAUCUAGUUGACUCUGGAUAUGCGAAUAAAAAAGGUUACUUAGCUCAUUACCGGAGCAACCAUCAAGAAGAGGUGAGGCAUCAUUUAGGACAGUUUCAGAAUGGUCCGCCUCCACGAAAUAAGUAUGAAUUGUUCAACAGGUGGAAUGCUUCACUUCGCUCUGCUAUUGAAAGAACUUUUGAAAUCUGGAAGAAAAAAUUGAGGAUUGUAAAAGAAUUACCGCGAUACAGAUUAGAAAUUCAAAAAAAAUUGGUUUGUUACAAUGGGUCUACAUAAUUACAUUCGACGUUCCAAUAUUUCCGAUGAUGAUUUUGAUACAGGUGCUUCCGCAGAAAAUGAAAAUGGACAGCAUGACGUAGAUGUAAGUGUAAUCAGUGAAAUAGAAGAGGUGGAAACAUCAAGAAGUGGAACAUAUAUGGCAGAUGUGCGUAAUCAAAUAGCAGAUUUGUUAUGGGAAGCUCAUUCUUAAUUUGAUUUGCUUGUAUUUCUCGGUAG